AUGCGGAAGGGAGAUAGCCAAUCCUUAGACCAGAAACGAGAAGCCAUAGCUCUCAUGGAACAGGCCGGGUGUGAUAUUACUCAAGCGUGUGGAGCCCUAGAGUGGCCCAAAUUACAACAGGUAUUAGCUCCUCAGUAUCGUCUGAAAAUAUUUCAAUUCAAAUCUACUUCCACUAAACUCUGUUUAGAGCGCAUCUUCAAAGGCUGGGGAGAUGGAACUUGUUUGAACAUUUUGUUAGACAACCGUCAUUACGAUGCCAUCAUAUCCAUGCCGGGAGUAACGGGGAACCAAUAUUACUGUGAUCAUUGCGACGUGGGGUACAGGAAGGUCACAGACCAUCGGUCCAAAUGCCCUCAUCGCUGUACCUUUUGUUUAGGACAUCACCCUAAUUGUCCCGAUGAAGGGAUCGAGAUUAAAUGUCGGGAAUGCCAAGGAAUGUUUAAGAACAGGACCUGCUACGAAAAUCAUUUAAGACCUCAUAGUAAGAAAAACACCACUACUGUCUGCAAUUUAAUGGGGCUAUGCGAGAAGUGUCAGUCCUGGAUACCUAAGAAUUUAUUACCUCAUCACAAAUGCGGAGAUCAGAAACAGUGUAAGAUCUGUAAGAAAAUCGUCGAUACCGAUCAUCGGUGCUACGUACAACUGAAGCCCAAGAAGAAGAAGAAGAAGGGAGAAGACACCUUAGAGUUUUACAUUUAUUUCGAUUUCGAAUGCACUCAGGAAUCGGGCAUUCACGUUCCUAAUCUAUGUACUAAGAAUUCCACUUUAGUACACGACGAGGCCAUCGUCAUCGCCCAUAACUUCAAAGGAUACGACGGACAAUUCAUUUUGAAUCACCUGGUGCAUUCCUCUUGCCUGAAACCUAACGUGAUCAUGAACGGCAGUAAGAUCUUGUACAUGGAAAUAUCUGGACUCAAAUUCAUCGACUCGUAUAGUUUCUUAACUUUUCCUUUGGCCAAGAUGCCCUCCGCUUUCGGAUUCAGCGAAUUGAAGAAAGGUUAUUUCCCUCACUUUUUUAAUACGGAACAGAACCAGAAUUACGUGGGACCUUAUCCACCGACAGCUUUCUACAAACCGGACGAAAUGUCUACCAGCGGACGACAAGCUUUUUUCCAAUGGUACGACCAACAGAGGGGAAAAGUGUUUGAUUUCCAGAAAGAGUUUGUAGGGUAUUGUAUCUCGGACGUCGACAUUCUACGACGAUGCUGUGCACAAUUUAGAAGCACCCUCAAGAGGUUGGUCAACGUGGACCCUUUCCAGGAAUCCAUCACGUUUGCCAGUGCUGCUAACUUAGCCUACCGUCGAAAUUUCAUGCCUAAAGACACCAUUGCCAUCAUUCCGAACCUCGGGUAUGAACCGGCACGACAAUAUUCGGCCAAAGCCUGUCGGUGGCUCACCUGGAUGAGUCAUCAGAGUGGAUGUCACAUACGACAUGCCAGAAACGGAGGCGAAGUCCCGAUCGGAAAUUAUACCGUCGACGGAUACCAGGAAGCGACUCGUACCGUCUACGAAUUUUACGGGUGUUAUUGGCACGGAUGCCCCACUUGCUAUCCCAGUUUACAGACGGAAACUCAUCCUCACCGGACCCAAUUUACUUACCAACAAUUACACGAGAAAACUCUCAGAAGGACUGCGGAUUUAGAGGAUAUGGGGUACAACGUGUGUAGUAUCUGGGAGCACGAUUUCGAUCAGCAAGUGCAACAAGAUGAGAGUUUACAGCAAUUUGUACGAGAUCUGGACAUUCCGGAUCCUUUGAAACCUCGAGAAGGUCUGUACGGAGGCCGGACCAAUGCCACUAAAUUAUAUUGUGAAGAAGGGGACAUGAGAUACGUGGACGUCUGUUCCUUAUACCCUUACGUGUUGAAACACAGACCCUUUCCCCUAGGGUAUCCCGAGAUCAUCACAGACGACUUCCAGGACGUGAGAAAUUAUUUCGGUCUCAUUCACUGUCGGGUCUUACCACCCCGAGGUCUCUUUCACCCCGUAUUACCUUAUAGGACGGGAGGCAAGUUAUUAUUUCCCUUAUGUCGCACGUGUGCCGAACAACAAGACUCUACUUCUCAACAUCCAUGUCAACACACCGACCGGGAACGUAGUCUCACGGGUACUUGGGUGACGAGCGAAUUACAUAAAGCCCUAGACAUGGGCUAUACCUUAGAGCAAAUUUACGAAGUGUGGCAUUUUAAACAAAGCAGUCAAGACUUAUUUAAAGAGUACAUCAAUACCUUCCUCAAGAUCAAACAGGAAGCGUCCGGAUUUCCCCCCGACUGUAAGACCUCAGAACAAGAACAAGAUUACAUUCGACAAAUCUUCGACAAAGAAGGAUUCAUGAUGGAUAGGAUCAGUAUCGAGAAGAAUCCAGUGAGAAGAACCAUUGCUAAACUCUUUUUAAAUUGUCUGUGGGGAAAAUUUGCUCAACGAUUGUUAUUACCCAAAGUCAGAUACUUGGACGAAACAGAGGAAUUACACCAACUCUUACAAAAUUCGACUCUCGACAUCAAGGGCAUGCGACUCUUAGUCAAUAAAGAAGAUUCCAAUGAAGACAAGAUUCUAGUGAAUUUUCAAGACAAAGAGGAAUUCGUCGAAGAAUGUCCCUUUGGAAACGUGAUCCUGGCUUGUUUUACCACCGCCUAUGCCCGCUUACAUCUCUACGAGACUUUACAACCUUUAGAAGAACGGGGCCUUUAUUUCGAUACGGACAGUAUCAUUUACCAACAUAUAGAAGGAGCUUUAAUGGACCGACGAAUUAGACGGGGAUCUCAUCACUAA